AUGCUUUCGUCUUUUAGAACUGCUUCACGUAGAACUGUCGUCUCCAAUGGAUUCGUAAAUGCAAUUAGAACCAAGGUCUCUUUACCAGACUUGGACUGGGACUUCGGUGCAUUGGAGCCACACAUUUCCGGUCAGAUUAAUGAGUUACAUUACACCAAGCACCACCAAACCUAUGUUACCGGUUACAACACUGCCAUUGAGCAAUUUGCUGAAGCCAAGUCCAAGGGUGAAGUCAAGAAGACCAUUGAACUCCAAAAAAAUAUUAACUUCCACGGUGGUGGUUACACCAACCAUUGCUUGUUCUGGAAGAACUUGGCUCCUGAAAAGCAAGGCGGUGGUGAACCACCAGCAUCGGACUCGGAAUUCGCCAAGAAGAUUGUCGCACAGUACGGAUCUCUCGAUAACUUGAAGACUGUCACCAACAACAAGUUGGCCGGUAUCCAAGGUUCAGGUUGGGCUUUCAUUGUCAAGAACAAGGAAAACGGUGGUGAGUUAGACGUUGUUACCACAUACAACCAAGACACAGUCACUGGACCUUUGGUUCCAUUAGUUGCUAUCGAUGCUUGGGAACACGCCUACUACUUACAGUACCAAAAUGUUAAGGUUGACUACUUCAAAGCCAUCUGGAACGUUAUCAACUGGAAGGAAGCUGAAAAGAGAUACUUAGUUAACUAA